AUGGUCAGUGAGAACAUAUAUUUGGUUAUGGUCAUUCGUGACUUGCUGAAUUUAUGCGAAAUCACAAAAGGGAAGGAUAACAAAGCUGUCAUCGCAAGUAACAUUAUGUAUGUUGUUGGACAGUACCCGAGGUUUCUAAGAGCUCACUCGAAGUUCCUAAAAACUGUUGUGAACAAAUUAUUUGAGUUCAUGCAUGAGACACAUCCUGGUGUUCAGGAUAUGGCCUGUGACACAUUCUUGAAGAUUGUUCAGAAGUGCAAACGGAAAUUUGUAAUUGUUCAGGUUGGAGAAAAUGAACCAUUUAUAAGUGAACUUUUAACAGGGCUUCCAACCACUGUUGCAGAUCUUGAGCCUCAUCAGAUUCAUUCAUUCUAUGAAUCGAUAGGACUUUUUAAAUCUGAUCCUCAGAAGAGGGAUGAGUUUCUACAGAGAUUGAUGGAGCUUCCUAACCAGAAAUGGGCUGAAAUUAUAGGACAAGCACGCUUAAGCGUUGAUUUCGUCAAGGAUCAAGAUGUGAUAAGGACGUGGCCCUUCAACUUUGUUGCAUUUCUGCUUUUGAGCAUUUGCAUGCACUUAGACUCUGAUCUAGUGAUCUUAAGCUUGAAGGCAAUUGGAAAACUCAAGCAACCAAGUGGGAAACUAGUUCUAAAUCCUGGGCCAUCUGCAGAGAGAAUAGAGAGACCUUCACUUGCUUCAACUAAAUUGGGAAAGAUAUUGAACUCCUAUGCCAUAUUGGCCAUGAAAAUGUAA